AUGUUUAGGUUAACGAGCGCGGGAGCGGCCGCUGAUGCUGUGACGUCCGCGUCGUUCACCCUCUCUGCAGGCCCACCUCCGUUACAUCCGGUCCGGACGCAACUGCCUCCGCCUCCUGCGGUAACCUAUGCAAAUUUUGGGACACCUUCUUCGCCGAUGACGACCGGCACGUCGGCGUUUCGCCGUGACCCUGUGCAGAAGCCGUGCGCAUCCGUGCGCGGAGCAGAGGAGAAAGAAUUGAAAACCUACUGCCGUGUGUCCAUAACGGAGGAGAAUUUGAGGUCCAUCGUCCUCCAGCCUGUAGCCCGCCGGACUUGA